AUGUCACAACCAACUCCUCUCAUUCAUGACACCAAUGAAUUUAUUGACAUCUUUCACUACAUUUUUCAAUUCAUGGAAAUUCGAGAUAUUUACCCUCUCCGCAAUGUCUCGUUGUUUUUUCUCAGACUCAUCGAACAAUUAAAAAAGUAUUACAUUCGUCCUGUGUAUGAAAUCGGAGUGGUGUCUUGUCAUCAAGAUCAAUUACAAAGUUUUGUUCGACAAAUUCUCCAAUCAAAAUCUGGUUUAAUUCCAUCCAUGACUGAUGAAGAUCGUCAAGCAAUGCAACGUGAAGUAUUUAUUGAAUUGAAUGAUGGAGAUCGAUUGGUGGACAUUCGUAGUAAUGAUUCGACAUCUAUUCAAAUUUUCGAAAGAAUUGAAAAACAAUUAAUUUUUAAACAGGAUCGAUUUCGAGUCAUCUUUUUUCCCAUGUUAUGUAAAUCGGAGGCGACUUUAGCUGUGGAUGAGUUGAAUCGAUUAGAGGGAUUUAUUUUUCUAAAACAGGAAACUUUGGAUGCAUACAAACAAAUGCCAACAGGAUGUCAAUUUUGUGCUACCUUUCUCAAUGAUGGGUUUACAUUUGAAAUGCAAGAACCAAUUCUUGUGACCACAGGAAAUGCUACUUUGAAAACUAACGAAAGUCUUGCUGUGAAAAAACGAGAUCAGGACAUUAUUUCUCUCAUCAAAAUGCCAGUCAAGUCAUUUGGAUAUUUCCGAAUGGAAAAAGGUGCAAAUUCAGAGCAAGUUCAAAAAACCUUACUUGACUGUACCAUGUAUAUCAUGCAACAUUCAAAUAGAUGCCUUCAAUUAGACCAUUCUCAAUAUUCGAAUCGUAUUUCCGAACAAGACACGAAAAAUAAUUCAACGAUGAAACUCAUUGAGAUAUUAACCUAUAUAGCAACAUCAAAGAUGAAACAUCCACAAUUGGUUGAAUUUGUCACUAAAUUAUUUCAGAACCGAUAUUCCUAUUAUAAUUUACUCAUGACCAAUGAUACCAAGUAUUUCACAAAACGAAUUUGUUUCUUCCAUUUACCUUACAACUUACAAUUUAAAUUAUUGAAAGAGUUUUAUGGAGCUUUAAUGCAUAGUCAUGGCUCUCUUCUAAUCAACAAGGGAAAAUGUCAAGUUUCACAUGUGACUUUAGAACCAGGACAAGAUUGUCUUGAAGUUUAUUUCUUGCAAGAAUGUGCUGAACAAGUACCAGGUCGAUACAGCUAUGUCUAUAACAUAGUGAUGAAACCCUACGCGACUCGAGUGAGGUUUUAUUUAUCAAGUGAAAAAGUAGAAUUUAUUUCACAACGUGCCACAAGUGUGGAAUUGAAAGAAUGGGGACAACACCCAACGAAGAGUUCCAAUGUUUGUUUGUUGGCAUGA